GGGCUUUAAGGUUUUGUAAGGUGCCCGGGUGGUUUUUCAUUCCCUUUUCCUCUUUCCCCAAUAAUGAGUGGGUUUUUGCCACAAUAAUAUGCAAGAAUGCUAAUCUUCCUACUCAUUCUUCACUUUUCUCAUGCGCACUUUUUCUUUACUUUCUACAUUCCUUUGAUCAUUUCCGGUUUGAUUCGAAACGUAUCAUCAAUUUGCAAUUUAAAAAAGGUUUCUUAAGGAAAAUUUUUUUUCCAAUUUUUCUUCUUUCCAAUUCCUGUUCUUCAAAAAAAUAUUUUUUGUCAUUACUUUUAAAAUUUUUCUUUAAUUAUUUGCUCUUUUUUUAUUUAAUUUAAAUUCUUUGUCAUCCUCAUUCCUUUUAUUAUAAAAUUUAAUUCAAUUUAAUUAAAAAUUUUUUUUAUUUUCAUAGGGCCAUUUUUAAAUCAAGGUUAUAUUUUUAAUUUUGUUGCCACGCCUUUUUUAACAAAUUUAUAUUUUAAAAACUAAAAUUAGUUUUCUCUCUACUCUUCUCGUCUUAUCAUUUUACUCUUUUCUACAAUUGUCUCAUAAUGGGUUUGUACUUAUCUUAAACUGAUUUUUCUGUUUCCUAUUUUCUUAGAAUCAUAGCAGGGAUGUGAAUCUCUUCCGCUUCCAACCUCAGCUGAUUUUGUCUUUUUUUUGCUUUUCCGUUUUUUUAAUACGGCAGGGCCAAUUAAUCUAGUCAUCAUUCUCGUUGAUUUUCUCCAUAUUCUUCGUGAAAUCAUUGUAAAAUUUUCUUGAAAGCUUAAAAAGUAAAUGUUGGUUUUGAACGGAAAUGUUUCAUCAAGAACAUUGAAUGAUUUUUCUUUAUUUUUUUAAAUCUAAAAUAAAGUCUUAUUUUUCCAUUUUCCCACUUCAGGCAAAAGUCUGCUAGCUACUUGUUUCCACUUUUAUCCAGACAAUAAAAUACAAAACAUGCGCAAAUAAAUAAAUUAUGUGAAAGAAAUUUUUUAUAAAAAUGUAAACACCGUCAAAAGUCAAUUCUUCUACGUCCUAAAAUUUUUUUCUUCAUCUUUAUUUCUCACUUUUUGUCUUAUAUUUAUUUGAACUCAGAAUGAUCUUAUGGCCAGUCUAUUUACUUUUAUCCUUCCAUGAGUCAUUUUAUUUUAUUCAUUUUUGUAAAUUUUUUUUAAACUUUUCAUGCAAUGCGCAAGUCUCUCUCCCACGCUUCAAAACACACUAUUUGACGUCCCACUAUUUUUUUAUUUUUUACGAUAUAUUAAUUGUUUUGUGGGGAGGGAAGAAUGGUGAAGAAUACCACCAAUUAAUUCUCACUUUUCUCCCCAAAUUUUUUGAUUGCCCAUUUUCUUUUUUAUAAUUCCUCUUGUUUCUUUUGAGGGGGGGGGGGAGACGAUGGGGACACAGGGUUAAAAAAUUAAGAAAAAAAACUUUUAGUUGCCUUGAACUAAACAGCCACUAUUUAUUAUUAUAGUAAAAUGGUUGUGCAUUUUUAGUAUAUUUUUAUUUAAUUUUAAAGCAUAUUAAAUAGAUAUAUAAAAAGAACAACAACAAAAACUUUUGUGUAAUGUAGCGGAAUUUAAAUUGAUUACGCCAGCCAAAAUUUUGCUGCGCGGAGCGCAGCAAAACAACCCCCAUCCUUCCCCUCCCCCACUGCCACUUUCUUUUUUUUCUAUUAAUUUCCUCUCCUCAAGGGCUUUGCGAUUUGAGCCUGUUUUGAAUGCCGCCUGACAACCACAAACAAACAAUUAAUAUUUUUUGUAUUAAUAAAAAAAUUACUUUAUUUAUCUUUUUUUUGGUUUUGGGAAUCUUCUUUUUAAUCACAAACACACUAAAAAAUGGGGUAGAUAAGCUGACUUUUAUGUCUGUUAUAUCAUAAAUCUUUUUCAAAGCUAAUUCUAAACUGAACUGAACAAUAUUUUUUUAUCUCUCUUAAAGUUUAUUUUGAUUUGUUAACAAGAAAAUUAUAUUUUCGUUCCACUUUUGGCUACUUUUUGGCUAUUUUUUAUGUUUAUUUUUUUUAUUUAGUUUAACGUCAUAUAACAUUGUCAAAUUCUUCACAUGUUU